AUGAAGAGCAACGAAAGAAAGACGCCGGCGGAGGAGAUGUCAGUUGUUGUAGAUUUGAGGGUGGUUAAACCAUUGCUCAGUUGUCAGAUUUGUUCCAAGCUAAUGAAGCAAGCCACAUCCAUAACCCUGUGCCUCGACCAUUUUUGUUGGGAAUGCAUCUACGACUAUGUCACCGAGCAUGGUGGUCAAAGUUGUCCAGUCUGCGGUGUUUACCUUGGUUCACGACCUCUAAGCAAAAUUAGGCGUGACCAGCAGUAUGAAAGGUUGAUAAACACAAUCUUCCCUCAAGAGAAAAAAGAAGUGGAGAUGGAGUCCAAAACUUCUGACGUUUCGUCAUCAUCAUCAGCCUAA